CGCGCCGCGAAAAAAGGUGGAUGGACGUUCUUGUCUGGCUGCACAACCCUUUCAUCUGGCGCCUCGUCACUGGAAGAUCGUAGGGUUGAGUCUUUUCUCAUUCAAGCGAAUACGAGGCUGGCGCCCUACGCCGCCGCAUUGGCAACAACAGGCUGCCAAUCAUACACACGAACCUGUGUGGCACGCACUCGGCCCAAGACCAGGAAGAUAAACGAAGAGUUCAGCUCGUAGCCUUGCGAUUCGUAUUGAUGGCUAGGCAGCGCAUAUGCAUCUACUUUCGCGACAACCUCACCGGAUCAUCCGUAUACAAGCUUCUGGGUAUUCCAUGUUUAUUGGAGAUCGAAACGCUGUCACGAUGUAUGCCGCAUUAUUGGGGAUAUCCGUAUUGUUGGGGCAGUUGGCAGCAGCUCUGCAGUUACACCAGCCUCGUGCCACGUCUGUCAACCAGCUUUUUCCUGCAGAGGGAUGGACACCCAAACCGACUUCUGCACCGAAAUCACCACUAGAGCUACUCCGAAGACAGGAUGAUCCUGGGCUGUGCGGGUAUCUUGAAGGAGACCCAGAAUACCCUCUCUACUGCGACCCCGGCUGGAACUGCAUGUACGACGAUGAAUAUGCAUGGUUUGGAUGCUGUACCGGCACUGCAAUCACGGACUGCGAUGUGUACACUGCUUGUGUGAACAGCAAAUCCAUCGAUGAAUGCCUCUCCAGCUCGGAAUGCUAUGACAAUGCUUUAGUUACGGGCUGUGUCGAGGAUUACGCGCCCUACUGCGCAACGCUGUACAGUGUCAUCUCCGGCAGCACCUAUGGCCACUAUGGGUGCGCGAACAGGAAGACGAGCUACGAAGUCAUGUUUACAGUCAGUGGAGAGGAUGAGAGCUCGUUUGAGCUGGAGACGGAGACGGAUAUAGCGUCUUUCACCGGUUUGUCUUUGAGUAGGUCGGGUGCUGCGUCUACCAGUGAAGAGAGCGGUUCUAUGAGUACGGAGACAGGGUCGAGCAGCACGGAGAUGGUACAGACGACUGGGAGCGAGACGAAUCUAAAGACGACUAUAAGUGAGACGAGUGCAGGGACGACAGGAGUGGCGCCGACGUUUCUGCAGAGUGGGGUUCCAGGCACGACGGCUUCCUCUGGGAGAGCCGAGAUGACGGCUGGAAUGGACAUCGGGAUAGCAGGGUUGGUUGGUGUUCUUGGGCUGUUACUAUGACGAGGAGAUGACUGGUGAGGCAGGUCCGACAUGCCUUACAUGAUCAAAGUUUGAAGGGUGCUCACCUAGAAUUCUGAGUGCCUUGAGUCACGCCAGAUCACACUUUGCAAUGACCGAGGGACUUGAGAUUUCGGUGUCAUGUAUUUUGAGUGUUCUCCCUGCCUGCUGGUCUAAUUACGGACACAGGACAGGGAAGCCGCAAUCUUGAGCAUACCUCC